UUCAGCACGUACGGCCACAGUCAGCUGAAAACUGGGCAUCCCGUCCGCUCUGCCAUACAUAAGCAGUUGAACGGCAGAUUAGUACUACGGUGGGUGACCACGUGGGAAUCCCUGCUGCUGUACGUUUUGUUUUGUACCUUCCUUUUGGCUUUGCCUUCCUGGGAGCACCAUCUUAUGUUCUUUUUGUCGGUCCUUAUGUGUUCUCGAUAUUGUCUCUGAGCAUAGCGUGAAGAUCGGCGUUGAGAUCUAGCAGCAAAGCUAACGGUCGACGAUGGAAAAGAGCGAUGCGGUAGAGCAGAAGCUCGCACGAGAGAAGAGAACGUGAGUAUGACUUUGGGAAGGAGCGACCAAAGUCAGCUCUCCCAAGUGCCAAAGUCUGUCCCAGAGAGCUUAUAGUCUCAGUGGGCGAUCGUAGGAGAAGAAAAGCAUUGUGCAUCUACAGUACUCAGCUUGACUAUCUCGACACGCUCUCAGGAUCCACCACUUCGAUCUCUCAUAUCUCGACGGUCACGACUGAAUGCAGCUACUAGCGCGAUGAACAAUGUAGUAUUAUGAGGGGUUCUGAUAGAGGAUAGUUGGUAUUGAUCUUCGGUCUGAUUACUUGAUGUUAUGCAGCAAGAUCAAAUCUUAUUGCUGUGCCAAAAUUACAAC